AUGAUCCCCUCAAGGCUUCUCGCAGUCUUUGCACUCGCCGGAGUCUCCGUCACUGCUGGUCCUGGACGCCCAGAGCUCAAACAUGUCGGCACAAGGGCCAGAGGGGAAGAGUUCUUCCAGCUCGAUAACAUCACGUACCUGACAGAUACACUCUACCCGGCGUAUACAGAAGCCCUUGCCGGCGUGCAUGACUUGUCCGAAGAUCAUGAUGUCUUCCCACUCACUCACAUCAUCGCCGAGGCACCGGUAGUGACUGGGAAGUUUCUGGGAAGGAUACUCGAGCGGUAUGAGCAAGAGGAUGAUGUAUUCAACCACGCUUUCCUGCAUGCAGUACUCAUUAGCUCCUCAAGCCAUUCUGCCGAGCUAGACGAAUCUGCCGUUACUUUUCUGGAAUCCCUCAAUCUCACCCAUGUAUUCUUGGAUGCAAAGUUCAGCGGUUGUCUCAGCCAAGUCAGAACCAGUGCUUCCUUUCCACUCUCCGUACUGCGAUCAGAUCGCGAGGGCCGUCCGCCUCCAGGGCCAUACUAUGCAAUUGUGCGUAGAGGGACACUCUCCCUCUCCAGCGUCUUCAGACUCUACACGGAUCAUUACCGAGCAUUUGUCGAUGGCGUAUACUCAGUGAACGAUGGCACUGGAAGAUUUAGGUCACUUGGCUUUUUCAGCCCUGAAUGGCCAGUCCCUUCGAUCCCUGUCCCAUCACGUAUAUACAGCUGGACAGACGACAGACCUCUUGCCGGCCAACGAUUCGGUGUCAAAGACAUUUUCGACGUCAAGGGUCUGGUUACCACCUCCGGCAGCAUCGCAUGGGCGAUGGUGACAGACGCAGCCAACGCGACGGCGCCAGCAAUUCAAAGAAUCCUCGACCUCGGCGGAGUGAUCGUCGGCAAACCCAAAACUUCACAAUUUGCUUCGGCCGGUGAACCCUGGGUGUGGGAUGACGCAUUCCCUCCUUUCAAUCCCCGCGGUGACGGAUGGCUCUCUUGUUCCGCCUCGUCCGCAGGAAGUGCUUGCGCCGUCGCUGCAUACCCCUGGCUCGACUUUGCCAUCGGUUCAGACACGGGCACAUCCAUGCGGAGGCCUGCCGCCGUAGCCGGCGUGUACGGCCAACGCCCGUCGGUAGGUCGAAUGACGCUCGAGGGUGUGACGCCCAUAAGCUACUCUACCGACACGGCCGGCGUGUUCUGUCGAGACCCGCACAAAUGGAUCAACUUCUCUCGCCAAUGGUACACUCCGGGUCUCUACCAAGACCCAGCCAUCACCGGUCUUCCAGCCUACGACAAGUCUGCCCUCCUGAAAGGCAUGCCCAAGAAGAUUCUCUAUCCCAUAGACUACCUCCCUCUCAAGAACCCGGCUGCCGAACUCGCCCUGCAAUCCUUCCUUGCAAAAGUGACCUCCAAGUUCGACAUUCCCGUCGAGCUCUUCAACUGGACGGAACGCAUCGAAUCCCUCCCUCUCCCUCUUCCUCUUCCGGGGUCUCCUCAGUCAGAUACCGCUUCUUCCUCUUCCUCCGCACUCUCCCUCUCUCGGCUUCUCUCCCACCUCCUCACUCUCUGGAUAGACGAACAGCACCACCUCGUCGGGACCGUGCUCGUAUCCAAAUUCGCCUCGCGCUUCUCCGGUCUCUACCCGCCCCUCGAGCCGCCGAUGCGCACCAGCUUCGCAUCAACGCCGUACACUCCGGCCAUGCACGAGUCCGCGCGCGCGGCCCGCAGGCUCGCCGUCGCCGCAAACGAAGCACACAUCCAGCGCGGAUCCGACACCGCGUGCUCCGAGUCCCUCAUCCUCUCUGACAUCGGCACGGGCGGGUACCCGGCGUACCGCGAAGAGGCCCUCAACCACGGCGCCAACGCGAGCUUCUUGGCCCCGCCCGGCACAGGCGGGACGCCAGGCGACUUUUGUCCCUUUUUCGGCUGCGUCGAUGCCACGCUGCCCAUAGGCCAAGUGGCGUACUGGAGCAAGAAGACGCACAGGGAGGAAAUGAUGCCUGUCACGAUCGGACUCGUGGCCAAAAGAGGCUGCGACGACAUGCUCUACGACUUUGUGGAGAAGCUGACCGACGCAGGCAUUCUCGAACCCGUAAGGACUGGGACAAGGGUGUUCGGAUAG